AUGACUCGGAAUCCGAUCUACGAUUAUCCCGAACCCUAUGCCAACCCCCGGCAUGGGACGGUGGCAUCACCCCGGAAGAUCAGCCUCGUGGGACGGCUGCGGCUCACCCAGCCAGUUUGGCUUCAGUUGGGCAUCAACUCCGCCGCCGCGCUCCACGUCUUGCAGCGUGAACCUCCAGGGACAUUUCUGGUGAGGAGCUCAAAUACGCGUCAGUGCCAAGUGCUCUGUUUACGCCUGCCGGACGAUUCCUCGCCCGCUUUCGUCACGAACUAUCGCUUGCACCAGCAGCGCGCAGGCAUCUCGCUGGAUGGCUCGGAGCUGGCCUUCCCCAGCCUGCUGCAUCUGAUCGCUUCUUACUGCUCAUCCCCGGACAUCCUCACUCUCUCCCUCCGACUUCCUCGGCCCAUCUGGGAGGCCUCAUCCUGCCAGCAGCUGGAAGCCAUCGCGCACUUGGGACUUGAAUUCUGGAACUCCUCCCUCAAUACAAAGCAAUUUUCCAGGCCGCCGCUGCCUCCUUCCGGUACGGAUUCGGACUCCCUGCUCCACCCCGUGAGUGACGCCUGUGUGCCGAGCUGCGCCGAGGCGUCCGGCAGAAAACCCGGCAAAGCCUGUGACUCUCCGAACCCUCCAUCUGACGGAGACGUGGGUGUCCGCCGCCGGCACUUCAAGAACAACAUCAAAGUACAAGUGUCCACAGAGGCCGCCAGCCCGCUGUCUCCACCGGCUGCCCCUCCACCCCCAAUACCCGUUGGGAAGAAGAAGAAACAUCUGCCCCAGUCUCCUGUCCCUGAUGGGGGAAGCCCGUCUUCCAAUGGCGACCCACCGCCUCCGCUUUCCUUGACGGCGAAGUUGGAGACCUACCGCGGGCCCCAGAGCAACGACAAGGAGGGUGUGGGUCAUUCUGGGGUCUCUGUAACCCCUCUUUCUUCCUUGGGUCAGCUGCUACGUGUUAUGGAGGAGGAACAGGCAGAGCCAUAUGACCAGGCCGCUCACUCGGAUCACUUUCCCUGGAACGUCCCGGCCCAAGAAAGAGGCAGUUUGGACAACGGAAUAAGAGACUGCACACGUUCAUCCUUUCACUUUUCUUGAGCCAUUCCUGGAGCUGGACUUUUGUAGAAUUUGACGGGACGCACAAGUCCUCAGACUCCUCGGUUUCUCUGUGAAAGGACGGAAGUCUAACAGCCCACAGAGGAAAUGGACGGGGCCUAUCCGAACUCUGGGAAAGGAAUAAAAUUCGGGGGUCUCCAAGUCAGAACUUCUCAGUUCUUCUGAGAAGUACAGACCCAAGGUGGGGGUUGUUUUUAUGAAGGGAGAGUUCAUGGGGGGGGGGAUUCUUCAAAGCUUGCAAAAACAGUACAUUUAUGCUAGAGGCAGCGCGAGGUUUGUGGCUGGUUUCAGAGCAGGCUAGCCUACCUCACAGGGGCGUUGUGAGGAUAAAAUGGGACGGGCGUGUGACAGUCAUGUAGGUCACUUUGAAAUCCUUGGAAGAAAGGUGGGAUAUA